AUGAUCGGAACAUCUCCCGCGGAGUACUUCUUUAUUCGGGCUUGCAUCCUAUUCCUUCACAACAUUGCACCUAUUAGCACUCUAUAUUGCAUUCAAUUAUUCCUCAUCCAAUUCUUUCAUCUGCCAAUUUAUCUCAAACGCAUACCCUACCCUAUCCAAUUCUGGCUCACUGCAGAGGCAGUCUUCUUCGCAAUUGUUUUUAUACCACUCAAAUACGCUUUUCGCCAGUCUCCUAUCUACCAUGGAUCUAUAUCUCCAGAGUGCAGAGAGAUAUUGUUUAGGAAUUGCCAUACGAACGUGCCAAAUCCAGAGAAAUAUAUCAGCCGGUGGCUGAUGGUCUCCGAAGGUGAAUACAUCAAGCGUGAUAACGUGAAAGACUUUAUCAGAUGGGCAUUCUUUGGACCAGGACAUACGUGGGAGCAGGACCAGCGGAAUGAGCAGGAAAUUGAGACCUAUACCACAGAAAUUGAGAAGAUGAUUGGACGAAAACUGUCACCGGGAAGGAUGGAUGUGAAAAGCCUAGGACAACUUCUAAAUGAAGCAGGCGGUUCACAUCGUAGUCUGCUGUGGUACACUUGUGUCUUUGUGGUUGACACAAUAAUGUAUUUCAAGAUGUUGUGCCAUGGAUUCCACUUCCAUCGAAGCUCGCUCUUGCAAUUCUUUACCGUCUUCCCAUGUCGCCCUCUCACGAUAUUCACGGCCUACCUAUCACCGGCGCGGCAUCUCACAUACUGGCAUCGACGGCAUACAUCCAAGAAACGGCUACCCGUACUAUUCAUACAUGGUAUCGGAAUUGGGCUGUACCCUUACACGACCUUCCUCCGAGAUCUCAACAGGGAGCUAGGGACUGGGGCCACCAACGAUAGUGAAGUUGGCAUCAUUGCACUUGAGAUCAUGCCAGUAAGCUCUCGGAUAACUCAUCCGGCUCUGGCAAAGGAUGUGAUGGUGGGUGAGAUCAUGGAGAUCGUCCGGUAUCAUGGGUGGAGCAGAUUCGUGCUUGUGUCUCAUUCUUAUGGUUCCAUAAUCGCUGCACACCUCCUUAAGUCCAAUCGUUCUGCUCCGCUGAUUGGGCCUACGGUCUUUAUUGAUCCGGUCUCGUUUCUCCUCCACCUGCCAGACGUGGCAUACAACUUCAUAGCCCGCCAGCCAGCACGAGCCAAUGAAUACCAACUGUGGUAUUUCGGAAGUAAAGACAUAGGAGUUGCGCAUACAUUGGCAAAGAGGUUUUCCUGGGUUGACAACAUCAUUUGGAAGGAGGACCUCCGGAUAAAGGUCAGAGAAAAACAACAGGAGGGUAGAAAUGUUACAGUGGUUUUAAGUGGUAAGGAUUUGAUUGUGGAUGCCGAAACGGUGGGGCGGUACUUGAUGGGUUCAACAGCUGAAGGCUGGACAAUUGACAAAGAACCAGUCCGAACAUGGAAAAACAGGCCCUGGGUGGGAUACGGGCUUGAGCUGCUGUGGUACGAACAGUUGGAUCAUGCUCAGGUCUUUGAUUUUGAGAAUACUAGGCGACCUGUCAUCAAGGCGAUCUCUGUUUAUUCAAACACAAACUGA